CAACAACCGCGACCGCGCUCAAAACCUUCAACUUGACAAAGAGAAGCCCAUGGGCAUCGCCUGAUUCCUCUCAUGGCAGCUUCUGAAGUUGGUGCAUCUAUUGAGUACCUUGUCAGCUUGAGGACGGCUCUUGUGAAUUUGCUCGAAGAGUACACAGCAGAUCAGGGAGACGUCCUCGAAGACCACGCCCACACCUUUCUUCCCCUCCUCGAUACAAAGGGGCCCUCGGCUGCAUCUCGCAAGCAGAUUGAAAGCGGCAAAUGUGAUAUUGACGGCGAACCAUGUGAACUCAACAAGGAAUUCAUCGACAAGUGCCUGGCUCUCUCGAAACAUUUAGAGUUGGACGAAGUCCGUGCGGCGGAGCUUUUGCAAGAGGGAGCUUUGUCCAGUACAAAGUACGACAGACCGCCCUUUGCCUGUGCAGUCUUUCUUUACCAUACUAAACGCCAAUUGCUACUCGACUGCAUGCGCCUUGUGUUGGAAUCAGCAGCCGACGAAAACAUCGACAGCGCUGUGCAGCAAAUCUGCGUCAAUUUCAUUGACCGCGUCACUUCCGGAGACGUGAAAGCAUUCAUUGACGCCUGCCUUCGACAGCUGCAGCUCCUGAAGCGUCAAUAUCAGGAGAUUGGCGAUGGAUCUGAGGCGAUGAGGGUGCUUCGCGUCAAUGAGCCCCAGCAAGACGAUGAAAUGUUCCAGACACUCAUCCUUGAUCAAUACGAGUGUCUCGUCCUAUUGCUCUGCAAUUUCUGCAAGCUCCAUCCGGAAGAGCAUCACUUCAUGUUCAGUCAGCUAGAAUCCUUGUCUCAAACCAGUAAGUGGUCGGAGUUUGUUUCUCUGGAUUUGAUUCUGAUUGCGCGCUCGGUACAGAACCUCUCUGCAAGCAGUAGUAGUGUCGUGGCAAGCAGGACCAUUCAGCACGACUUGCUUUCCGCUACAUUUCGCAAAUUGAUUGCAAAGCUGUCGGCCGAGUCAAAAUGGUCGAAUCUCCCUCUCAGGUCUAUUCUUCAAGCCAUCGUUGCAAGCGAGCUUAAUGGUCUUUGUCGCGACCUAGAAAGAGAUUUUGCUUCAUUCGACUAUGACCGGGAUGUGGCAUCGCUUUUCAGCUCGGCCCUUGAAGGCAACGUAUUUCAGCAUAUGCUGACUUCUUACCAGUUUGCGACUUGCGACGUGAGCUCUACGAGUCCAUUUGCCAUUUUUAUUGAACAGGGAGCGUACUCAUUCUACCAGGCAUCUGCUCAUCACAGCAAGCGCAUUCUGCUCGUGGCAGCAUUGACGGAAUGCUACCGAUCCUUUGAGCACGCUUUUGUGACGAACCUGCCGGAUCAGCUCAAAACAAUCAAGUUACGAGCUGAAGAUGACGAGACAGCUGACGAUGAGCUCACGCCGCCUACAGAGAGCGGCCCUCGGCAUCUCGAGCUCUUCUUUGGGCUGGUCCAUACAUUGGCUGUCGAUGGGCCUGAGCAUAAUCGCGAGUUUUGGGACGAUCCUGAUGGCGACUUGCAUGGAUUCCUGGUAUGGGGCUCUUAUUGCGAGGUACCAAGCAUGAUCUAUGCGUAUUGUAUGAUGCUGGGCGCGCUCAUAGCGGAUCCUUUCGGCUCGAAUGCUGCAUUGACCUUUCUCAGCGCCACGCAAUCGCAGCCCGAUGCUGGGCAGCUUUUGCCGUCAUCCACAGUCUCUUGGCCUUUUCUUUUCGAUUCCUUCAGGUAUUACAUACGGCACCUGAACGGCAAAUCGAACGCUUUGUACCAGCAGGACAUCCUUGAAGUGGAUGCUCAAAACAGUCUCAUCUUGAAGUCCUAUCUUUACGUGGCUCGUCAGCUCUCGCUCCACAUUUCGGAGCAGCAACACGUUGUUGACCUAGAUUCCAAGUUUGACUGUCUUGCAAGCCUGUUUCAAUUACUCAGUUGCCCUUUACCCAAACCCCUCUACGCAGAGAUCAUUGAUACAAUCUGCGCAAUGGCAGCACGGCAACACAAUCUACAGAUCAAAUCAUGGAAGCUGUUCGAGACAUGGGUUGGUUCUGGGUUGGCGAAUCUCCAACAAGAGCUUGCCAUCAAAGCUCGAGCACGAGAGCAACAACAACAUGGCCUGGAUGCCUUGCUGUUCUUUGCAAAGAGUUCACCAGAUUUGACAAAAGCAAUUGUCAACUUUCUGCGUGUCCAAAAUCACUGCAUCACCAAUUUGGCCUUUCAGCAAUUGUCUAUGAAUGGCAGUGCAAAUCAGGGACUUCAGUAUGGCGUGGCGCGUUAUGUUGAGGUCGUCUUUGAUCUUCUGGAGCACGUAUGCGCCGUUGAUAACGACUUGUCUGCCAUUACGAGAAUUGAGCUGAUGCAUGCGUGCAUGGCCUACUUUGAAGAGUCCCUUGAUGCCGUCGGUCCGUCCUUGCUUCUAUUAUCUAAAGGCAGUACAGCUCUUGGGGUUAUGGGCAUAAGUGGAGCCGCUCGGGAGCAAUACAUGACCCUGCAUCCCGCCACGCGAGUGCUUUCGCUGUUCGCGAAGGGCACUGGAAGCAAGCACUUGUUCAAUUUGGUGGAGAGUCAUAAUAUACAAGAUGCAACAUUACGCGCGAAGUUGGAACCUUGUUUGGAACAAGGGCUUAAGGUCUUGGACCAUGUGCUCUUCCUGACUCCUCUGUUUGCAAAUCUCGAAGAAUGGACUCACCUGCCCAAGGCAGAGAUGAUGACUGGUCUCUAUGAACGCUUGUUGAGCGACCCGAGUCUCGUGGUUCACUUAUGCAGCCUGUGCGUCUCUGCAUCCCAAAGCCUGACCUUGCCAGCUUUGGCGGUUCUCAGACAAAUACUAGCAUCUUGCGGGGAUGAUCAUCAGCAGCGUGUGCUCAGCAUGCUGGUGUCUGUCGACCAUGUCAAACCCAUUCUUCUAGGAUUCGCCCAGCUCAUCGAGUUGCAUAUGCUCGAAGGUGCUGCGUCGGAGACUGGAACAAAAUCACUGCUGAAUCUCAUACUUGACGAUUUGAUAAAGCAUCAAGGCCGAAUUUGUGUCGCUCACUUUAUCCUUGGAUUUCACGUCAGUAACAAUGCGAGUGUACAAAAGGGUGAUGACCCUGGCCAAGUUGGCUCUGGAUCAUCCGUACUUCAUGCGGUGAUCCAGGCUGCAGCGAGCCCUGACACACAGCCCGAGGCAGCCCUCCUAGCUAUGCAGAUUCUGAUGCAGCUUGUUGAAUUUCCAAUGACUGUGUCUCUGGUCUUUGAAGAGGCUUUGCCAUUGCAAAUCACACAGGAUGCUCUGCAGGCCAUGUCCCGCGCCACUGAUAGCGAUCUGGCUGAUAGUCAUUUUGUCGCUUUACGCCAUACUCUAGAUUAUCGAGCCGCAUUUCAGCGCUACGCAACCAAGGAGCUCCUGUAUCUUGAAGCUUGCGAUGCCAAGACUGACAAAGUGGCCCUGCUCAACAUGCUUGCCUCUCCCAACUCUGAGCAUACCGACGAGAGUGGUCGUACACAAGCGCCCUUAUGCUCCUUUAUGGAUGUUUUCCAGACACGCCUACCGACCCUGCUCGUGCCGCCUCCCAAGUACUUUGUCUUUGAGGCGUUGUCUGUACUGUUGACGGAAGACCCAGACGCGCUACGAACAGUUACAACUGCUGUCAAUUGUCGCCUAGAACAACUUCGUGGGGGUCUCGGCAAGGAACAUGUUGCGGACGCAGUCGCCGAAGCAAGAGAGCUGUGUACAUAUGCUGCAAAUUACCUCGCAACAUCGAAAGCUUAUGCGACACUCGUGGCGACCCGUCAAUCUUGGACCAAUUUGGCUGUCUCGGUGUUGGACUCCGCCUCAGACUCGCAGCCAGAUAGAAGUGCCUUCCUAUCUGUUGAAUUCUUGGAGCUCCUGCUGCCCAGUACAAUCAAGGCAUUGGCGGAAACUGAUGUUGAUAUCGAGACAAUGGUAGAUGCCGCCUGCUUGAUUGUCACGCGAUCUCAUCUGUUUGCCAUAUCUCCCGAGCAGCAACAGCAUUUUCAGCGAACUCUGCUCGUUGCCGCACUACACCCAGCCGCCUCGAAUUCUCUCAGAGAAAAGCUCUAUGUCGCAAUUGCUACGCUCGUUAAUCAAGCUCUUGUCUCAAAGGAGCCUGAUCAUCUCAAGCUAUCCCACUUGGCUUUGCGUCCUUCAUGUGCCAAAACUGUCGACCAGCUGUGUCAAGGAGUAACUCAAGCUGAAGGACUAUUGCAAUUGAGCGCAUGCAUUUUGCUUGAUGCGGUCAUCACGCUCUGUGAUCUGUUUGAGCCUGGUUACAUGCCUCAAAUGCUAAUUCGUUCGAACUUAUUGAUGCAGUUGAUUAAUCACUUUGCUCGGUACCUUUUGUCUUCUGAUGCAGAUUUGGAUAUUACCGAGCGUCAGUUCGACCUUCUUCUUCGUCUGUGCAUGCAGAAGGAAUUGGCAACUGAAAUUGUACAACGCUCACAUCUCUUUGACGCGCUCAUCGCAGGCAGUGCAUCACGAACCGAUGAUAUUCACGAUUUGACCAGGGCACCAAUAGCAGUAGCGACCAUGAGGCUGGUCGCCACCUGCUGUAUUACACUGAAGCCCGCGCAGGCGCUGCAACUUCUUGACAAGUAUGAGAAGGUUCUUCGAGAUAGUGCCAUGCGCUACAAACAAGCUAUGCAACAAAAUGGACAGGAGGGGUGGACAAGCAUGGCGUCAUUAUGCAGCUUACUGGACGAGAUGAUGCAGACGAUGCGCUAAAUCUUCGCUUGAACUUUGACCGGUGCCUUGGAUUGCUCGAGGAGAUUGUCGAGAUUCUAAAAGUUAGCAAUGUAGAAACGAAGCAAGCAUACCCGGAGAAUCUCUGAUAUCUUCCUGUCAAGUGGCUCGAAAGCUGCAGUGACAAUUGCCGGCUGAUGUCUCAUGGACUGUUGAGCUACCUGAUGCCGAGCCUGGUCUUGGAUGA